AGCAGCCACAUAUCAAAAAUCAUGGCGCUAUGCGUGAGGUGGCAUGUGCGAGAUGUUGUCUUACUAUUUUGCUUUGUACUAGCCUGCUGUCUUCAAAUUGAAACUAAGAAAGUAAGCGGACGAGACCUCAUCGAGGACGUCGUGGAUAUAAAGCAGCACAAGAAACUUCUUCGCACUAAGAAGAAUGUUCUUAUCCUGUACACUAAAAAUGCUAAGGAAGCAACUGAGCCACUACGAAUAUGCAGCGAUGUUGCAUUGGAACUCAAAGGCCAAGCUACUUUGGCACAUGUUGACUGCUCCGGGGAGGGAAAGAAGCUUUGUAAAAAGCUAAAGGUAGCACCUGAAGCUGCUGUUUUGAAACACUACAAAGAUGGGGAAUUUCACAAGGACUAUGACCGGAAGCUGACAGUCACGUCCAUGUCUAACUUCCUAAAAGACCCCACGGGAGACAUACCUUGGGAAGAAGAAGAAGACAGUGUGGAUGUCUAUCACAUUGCUACGAUUGAGGAACUGAAAAGGUUAUUUCAGAGAGAAACGGCGCCUGUUCUCAUCAUGUUCUAUGCUCCUUGGUGUUCAUUCUGCAAAAGACUCAAACCAGACUAUGCAAAGGCUGCUACAGAACUCAAGGGUCACUCGGUACUGGCUGCUAUGGACUUGAACAGGCCUGAAAACGCGGCUAUUCGACGGCACUACAACAUUACUGGUUUCCCAACACUCCUAUAUUUUGUGUCUGGAACCUUAAAACAUCGCUACGAAGGGGAUAACAACAAGGACGCCAUAGUUAAGUUUAUGAAAAAUCCUCAGCAGCAACCCAAGAAGCCAAAGGAGCAAGCUUGGUCAGAUGAGCCCAGUGAUGUUGUCCAUCUCACUGAGGAGACAUUCCAGCCAACGCUUCAGAAAAAUCCUUCUGUUCUUGUCAUGUUCUAUGCGCCCUGGUGUGGCCACUGCAAGAAGAUGAAACCGGAAUAUGUCUCAGCAGCAGCAACUCUUAAAAGCGAAGGGGUGGCUGGCAUCCUGGCGGCUGUUGAUGCUACAAAAGAAAGAUCGCUCGGCUCCCAGUUUAACGUUAGUGGCUACCCAACUGUCAAGUAUUUUGAAAAUGGUGUAUUUGCCUACGAUGUGAACCUGAGGGUGGCUUCAAAGAUUGUGGAAUUCAUGAAAGAUCCCAAGGAGCCUCCUCCACCCCCACCCCCCGAGCAGCCAUGGAGCCAGGUGAAGAGUGAGGUCGUUCACCUUGACGAGGAGACAUUCAAGCCAUUCUUGAAGCGCAAGAAGCAUGCCCUGGUUAUGUUUUACGCACCAUGGUGUGUUCACUGCAAGAGAGCCAAGCCUGAAUUCCAGGCCGCCGCAGAGGAGCUCAAAGAUGACCCGAAGGUGGCUCUUGCAGCGGUAGAUUGCACAGAGCACAGUGGUGUCUGCAGUGCCUAUGAUGUUGGUGGCUAUCCCACAUUCAAGUACUUCAGCUACCUCAAGACAGUAUCUGAAUACCAGAAGGGAAAGAUGACUGCGGAUUUUGUGAGCUUCAUUCGAGAUCAAAGCGGCACAUCGGCCACACCCACGCCUGCAGCCAGCAUCAUCACAACACCGAAACCAAAGUCUUGGUGGGAUGACUUGCCUGGAAGCAAGCACAUCCAAUUGUUAAAAUCUGGAAACUUCCAGUCUUACCUUGACAGUCACGAAUCUGCGCUGGUGAUGUUUUAUGCUCCUUGGUGCAAGUUUAGCCAGGAACUGAAGCCUGCAUUUGCUGCCGCUGCUUUACGGUUGUAUUCUGAACAAGUACCAGGAAAGCUAGCAGCAGUGGACGCAUCGGAAGAAAAGACCCUCGCUUCGAAGUGGAAAGUUAACAGCCUUCCAGCUCUCAAGUUUUUCAGGCGAGGAAAGUUUGUUUCUGAUUAUGACAAAAGAAAGAACACAGUUGAGGACCUGGUUGCAUAUCUUAAGAGUCCUCCAGUGGCAGCCACGAAAACCGAGCUGUGAAGUGGCAUUGUUCUUGACUGUGCCUGCCAUGACUUUGGCCAGACCAUCAAAAGCUCACUGCUGCAGCAACAUUUUGUGCUGUCAUCCAUGCCUUGUAUCAUCCAGGAGGCCAUAUAUGUCACAUGCAGAAGGUGUCUUGCAGGUUUGUGCAGAAAUGCUAGUGAAUUUCCACAGAAUUGCAGCUUUAAGCCAAAAAUGCCUGUUAACGCCUCUACAUACUGUACAUUUCUUGUAGGCCUGUUGUGGCAGAAUUUUGAGCGCCCUGGGAGUGUAUAACUUUUCAGAUUUUAUUGCCACAUUAGUGGUUUGUCUCAGUUUAUCCUGGGCAUUGGCUAUGCAAUCACAUUGGCUAACUCGUACUGAAGUAACGUAUUGUACAUUUUGAGCGGUGUUAUUGUGUUAUAGCAUUUGUUGUCGUCAUUUUGAAAUUUGCCUCGCUUCACCUUCUUUUUUUUUUGCAACAUUUGCGUUGUUUGUGAUGUGAUUGGGAAUUUGUCACUCGCAUAACAUUGCAAAUGCAGCGCAUGUGCAAAACCUUCUAUGCAUGCAAAGUGCUCUUCAUUUGGGAGGCCUGUGUGCAAGUGCAACUAGCUCCACGUUUGAUUCCCUUCGUUUACCUAAUUGCUUGUCAGUAGGUAUUAAUUCAUUCACCCUCGUUCAACUGCGUGUGUGUUAUCAUUUUUACUGAAGGCAAAUGACUGAGCCAGUGCAAUGUUACGAAGGCGAAAGAACUGACCGAAAGAAGCUGGCAUAUAUUGAGGUGUUACAGUGUAUUUAAAGCUAAAAUGUAGUACGUAAUAGUGAUGCAGCAGAGAACAUCUUUUUGCUAAUGUUAGGGUCUUUAAUUUUUAUUUUACUUCAGUUAACUCAUGCCCACCACAGCAAAUAUGCUUCAUGCACAUGUUUUGCUUGGAAAUAUAAGUGCCCCUGCAUGAUUACUGGAAGCAUUUGCUCAUGGUGUGGUAAAUUUAAUAUUUUCAGUGAAGGUGCAUGCAUCUUUUCCUAGUGUCAUGGCUGUCGAUACUGUAUAGCAUUCUCUUCCAAUCAAACUUUCAAUGUACUCGAGGCAGUGCCACUUCUCAAGAAAUAUUUUUGCAUGGGCUUAGGUAACCAAUGAUCUCGCAUUCUAUUAACUGUGCAGAACUGCAUAACUAGCUUUUUUGUGCGAAAAAAUUGAAAAGCAUAGCAUGAACCUAGUGCUCGACAAUUGUCAGGGUACCUACAAAGAGCUGUUUCACGAUGAAGUGCAGAUUGAAAGUCUGCGCAGAGCUGAAACUGCAUACUUUUACCGAGUGGUUUCAGAAAGGCCAAAUUCAGCCAAAUCGCCCAUCUCAAGUUUUAUACUGUGCAGUCUGUCCAAUCCAAGUCAAUAUAAUUCUGCUAGGAUAGCUCCAGUUCGAAGUGCCAAAUUUUGGUUCGCUGUUCCAGUACUACAUAUGAGAAGCCAGUGGCCAGUAAGUCGUGUUCCUAACCCACUGCAUGUAGACAGCUCCAUCGCAUCGUCAUGUAUAUCUGUGAGGCUGUAGUUAUGCAUAGUACUACUUCACAGUGACCAUUGUAGGGUGCUCCCGCCAUACUAUAUGUCAUUGCUGCUCAUGUCUCAGUAGUGGUGCUGUGAUCCAUUGCUAUUGAAGCUCACACAGUGUGUCUUAGAGAUGAUUUUAUUCAUGCUUGUUCCUGUCUGCAUUUCGGACUGCAUUCCAGUAAGUUGGUUUCUCUUGUCACUGUUUUUUCUGCUUCUCUUGUGGUGUUGAAUGGCUUGGCUUCUUCAUGUCUUGCCACUUGUAAUGCAGUGCAGUACCAGGUACGCAAUGGCACCUGUUUUUGAUUGCACAUGUUCGUAACAAUGUUCUUGCUCUUUCAAUAGCGUAAUGUGCACAUGCAGUUUGUUCAGAUGAUCAAAAUAUUUUAUUUUCAUAAGAUGUUGCUCUGUUCUUUUUUUGCAAUGUUAGUUUGUGAUCUCUCUUUCAUAUGUUUUCAAAAGUGUUGAUUAUAUGCGUAGCACAAUUUCUGGCAAGCCCUUUACGCUUGCUAAAAGUUAGCUCCUCUCCUUUGUCAUCUAGCAUACACAAGGAAUACAUGCACCCGAGGAGCCAGGCUCGUGCAUUUGUGUUUUGAGGCUUAUUUAGUGUUAGUGGUAGGGUUUUGCACCGGCCUGAUCAAUUUUUUAGACAAAGGGUCGGUAACACCUACAACCGACCUUCAUUGGCCGGUUGUUUUCUAAUUCAUAUCCCUAGUAUUUUGUUGUUGUUGUUUUUUUCAAGGGGGGGGGGGAGUUCAGCAAUAAGGAUGAUAAAUAUUUGUUAAUGAAAAUAAAUCUUCAAAUAUACAAGCACAGAGAACACACAUGAGCAGCUAGAGAGAGUAAAUAGGCAAGUGAGCUCCCCGUGGUAAAAGAAAGGUGCAUGUGUUCGUGUCUGGUGCAUCCACUUUCUCCUUUAUAUCAAGCUCUCCCCCUUCCACAAAGACUGAGAUGUUACCCCUUGUUGCGGGGCCUUAUCCCACCUGGGACUUUAGGGGCUUUAUUUCAUCAUUCAUAGUGCUGUUAGAAAUCGUAAUUAGGGCUGAGGGGCUCGAGAGACAACGCAUAGCAUUAUUGGCACGCCAGUUGAAGGUUCGGCAGUUUGUCUGACAUUAAGGUUGUGUCCACAGAUAUCAGCACCCAAUUUUUCAGUUUGGUUGAAAACCUCGGAGGCAAAUAUUUUGUUCAGUAAACAUAAUCCCUUCAACGCUCGUACGACAUUGAGUGCAUGGUAUCUGUGCGCUAGCCAGCAGACUAUACUCGGCGACAACUUUUCUUGACAUUGGAGUGAAAGUUAUGGAGGCGGGGCUUUUGCACAUUUGUGUUGCAUCGACAGUAGUACGCCAGUUUGCAGCUGAUUUCAGUUUUGUUUGUUCACAUUGUUAAUGCACUUAGAAAAUUAUAAUCAUGGAAAUGUCGAUGUGAGAAAUAUUUCAAUGGUUCAGUUCACAUUUUAGUGUCUUACUAAGAAUGUAUUUUUCUUGUAGAACUAAACAGAGCAUUUGGGGCUACACACUGAUCUACUACGUCAUGGACGUCGUCAUUACUUUGAAAAACGGGUGUGCUGGAAAGGUGGAGCUGUCUAAGAAAUAAAUAGAAUGGGAAGGUAUUCCUGCAAAGUGCACAAUGAUUCUAUUUUACCUACGAUUUCCCGCAACUGUUUGAAACUAAUAAUAAGUAAAGCUGCAUUUAUUCCAGCGAGAGUAAUGAUAAAAUUAUUAAUAAACUUAAUUACUAUUUUUUUGUCACAGUAGCAGGCGUGUGUUUCGACUCUGUAGCUUCCACAGUGCUGUCAAGAAAAGUUGUUGCUGAGUGUAGUUGUUUCACUCAGUGCUGGCUUUGUAUGAACAUACGUAGUCAUUAUGCUGAUGUUGAAGGGUACGAUAAAUGUAAUUCCAUGUCUCAGAUUUAAUGUGCAAUUUUUUACUUCUAACUUCCUGUACACCCCCACCCCCCAGCUGGCAGGCCUCUCUUUCUUAUUUUUGUAUUUUUUAUUGGAAAGGUGGCAACUUCAGUUAGAGGUUCAUUAGUACAAAAUCAUUAAUAAAGUUGCACUAAUAAUAACUUUCAAAUGGUGCUUUCGUGGUUUAUAUUAAAACAUCAAAAACGUUUAUUUGAAUCCACAUUGAAGCACCCCUCACCUGGUCCCAUUGCAAAUUUUCAUUACACAUUUACACAUUGGGAGUUCUGAAGUGCUGCCCGGGAUAAGUAUUGCCAGAAUAUCUUUUUAAAACCUGUGCAUUAUUAGACGAAAAUAAGUAAACUGUCCUAUUGGCAUGCCAUCAGGAGGCUAGCAUCCACAAGCAUGUGAUGUUUUACUUCUGGGCUUCUUCAUGAAAGUCUUGACGAUUUAGGGGGCUCAUUUUGUUGCAGUAAUUUGCUUGUUAGCUCGGUGGCAUCUGACAACUCUGGAAGGAGGGUCCGCAACUUCUUGCUUUAAAUUUAUACUUUUUUUUGUUGUUGUUGCUCAGACUCGUCACAUUUUGUAGGCGCAAUCGCAGCCAACCCAUCAACAUGACUCGCUUGUUCAUUUGCUAUGGCCAGACCUGGUGAGGGUGCCUUUACAACACGCUACACGCUUUACAACAUUGGUCAUGGGGAUGCAGUUAUGUGUGCAAACUAGCGAUGUUGCUCGUGAGCUUACACAAGGUGGCAGACCAUGUAGAAGCCUUUAGCUAUGGUUGAUGCUCCAUAAUCAACCUGUUUUGGCUGCUGCAAACAGGUCAUCAAUAAUUUUGUUGGUGAAUGUUAGUGGUCGUGAAAAUGUAGUACAUGAAGAGGUAGGUUGGAAAAUGGUUAGGCAGCCUUGUUAGUCUUCCAAAUCACUAGCGUGGAUCUAAAUAUGCAGUCCUUCAUAAUUUGAAAUAUAUAUAUAUGUUCUCCUGCAACGCACAAGUAUAAGGCUAACCGUGAAAUCCUGAGCAAGCACCCCCUUUCCCUCUUCAUUCAGGAGAUUUGAAAUAUGUUCCAAUGACUGUGCAAGCCCCCCCCUCCCCUCCCGUCUCCCCUCGUCAUUUCUUUUCAUAUGUUCUCUGCCACAGAUUACAUUAGCAGAGGUUCCCAGGAACUCCAUUUCUGAGUGCAGAUAUGUGCACGAUUUGUUAGUACUUUUACUGUGUGUUGCCUCGGGGUUGCAUCCUUAGUUGUCAGAAAUCAUUGUAUCAUUUGAAAAAUGUCUUUACCCCCUUGUCAUAACAACUGAAAUUUCACACGAGGAUUUCCUUCAUCUCAAUGAAAUCAUUGCAUACAUGUGUAUUCAAUCAACCAUUUCAUUAGAAGCCCAGGUGUGCAUAGUCUCUAGAGGCCGCGAUAUUAAAUGUUGGUCCGCUACCGAGCCAGGACCCCCGCCACAGCUUUACAGAUUAUCUUUCACAGCAAGGAGGGAGGGGGGAGGGCUUGCUCGGGGUUCUACAGAGAACUAAGGUACUGCGUUACUCAAAGAACUGCCCAGGCAGCCCCACCCUACGAAAGCAUCAUACUUUUUUUUUUUUAUGCACGUAUAUCUUUGUGGAUAUUGUUUCCUGAAACUUGCUUUCUUCUAAAUGUAUUUGGAUGUGUGGCAAAACCAUUAACCAAUGUCUUGUGCCUGUCUAUGUCUCACUUGCCAUGUUGGAAGGAGAGUGUUGUUGCCUCUGAUACUGACAUGUGAAACCUGUAUCAGUAGACAAUGUAACGACAAAGUACGUCUCACGUGCAGUGUACUUGUGAUGUUAUGGAACCAGUGCCUUCUACUCAAUCAUUUUAGUCGACACGAGUUGAACACAAAUAAGUAGUGGCAGUGUGACAUAAUUCCUCGGCAGCCCGUGGCUAUAUUUCUUGGAUGCCCUUGUGAUUUGCUAAGCCGCAGUGCAGUAAAAACUCGUUAAUUUGUACUCGAAGGGGAUCAUAAGGUUUAAUAAGGCGAACUUGUUGGCUGGUUGGUGGGAAACGAGUCGUGAAAUGGCUUUGUAAAAAAUUAAGACGAGGCAUAGGAAGAAACAAUGCACAACAUGACUAUCAGCUGAAGUUUAUUCCGCUAAAAAGCAUACGUGAACGCACAGGUAGCAGCACCGUGUUACAAACAGAAUACAAACAAACCAGACAAAAGCACAGAAAAACCAAAAUUGUUUAUAAGGGAUGGUCAUUAUCACAUAAUGCUGCGUGUUAAUGGAAUAAGUGGGUCAGUCAUGACAAUGUAACCAAGCAGUAUGAAAUUUUUUGUCAGAUAAUAAAAUCAGUAGUGUGCUGAUGUUAUUGUCUUUUAAUAUUGCAAUAUUAUGCACCUCAGGUACUUUUCUCCUUCAUUUGAUAACUGUUCUUUGCCAGCAUAUCAGAUUUUUCAAAUUCAGGGCGACAGCCACAUUACUUACAUGUACGCAUAUAUGAGCACUAGCAGCUCUAAUUACAAUAUAGUAUGAAGUCAUUUUUAGUUAUAUAGGCAUUUUUCCCCCAUAAAAAUGCAUGUGGCUGUUUCAGGUCCAGUGUAUCAACUCCAAUGAGCUCCAAGUUCAACAUAAGAGUUUGAAUUCACAAGUUUUUACUGUGGUAUAAUAUGUCUGUUAAUUGCUGUGCUCUUGUGGAAACUGACUUAUCAAGUUGUUUAGCGUGUAAGCUGCUGAUCUUAAUUCCUGUGUUUUCCACAUUGCUUAGGUAAUAGGCUGCAUUAAAGAAAAAAUUUGAGAGAUGAGGAAGGGAGGAGCACUUAAAAAAUGCUGCUCAUCUGCUGGGAACGAGUGUCUUCAAAGUGUUCAACAAGUGUUUCUAAGUUUUUAAUCUUGUGGUUGUACAUCAUAUACUAUGAACAAAUUUAUUUGUAGCUUGUUAUGGUUGCUGCGCAAGACUUGUUCAGUGACCAACUUUUGUUACCUUAGGGAAUACUUGAUUGUCGGUAGGCUUGUACGUAUCCACUAAUGUAGUCAUUCAUGUAGUGUCCAAGAAUUUGUGGCUAGAUAUGUUUUUGCGACUUCAUUUUUGUAGGGCAGAUAUGUUUUACUCCUUAUUCUGCUGCACAACUUGAUGUCCCUUUUUUUUUCGUGUUUCGUUGAAUGCUUUUUGGGUGCUUUCUUCGCCUGUCUAAGUCUGCUCUUCCGAUUUUUUUUUAUCACUUUGGGUCCACUGCGGUUUCUUCAAAAUUUUUGUUCAUAAAGUUUUUGAGGGUCGCAUGAAUGCAUUUUUAGUGUCAAUAUGUCAAAAUGCUGUUUUUGCACUAUUUUGUCACUUCAGUGCUUUAAACAAUGAGGUCUAUAAUAAAGUUUACAAAUUCAUGA